UCGUCGCUGUGCGGCAUGCCUGCCGACCUGCGGCUGGCUAAGAGGAGGAGCCAACUCUGCAGAGGAGCUUCUCCCUGCCCAGUAUGGGUCCCGCCGCCCCACUGCCCCACCAUGAGACAGAGCUCCAGCGUCAGCGCUCCUUUCUCCCUCUGCUGGCCACUGCGCAGCUCUGACUCACUUUGCUCCAGCAGUAACAGGAGCACAGGCAGCAAGAUGUCAUCCUCUUCCUCCACCUCCUCUUCCAACAAUGAUGGACAAGGGAAGCCUAAACCGAAAUCCCCGCUUCGUAAGGGGGGGAGCCUGCAGAGCACCACCAGCCCCGACCUGUGUGGUGCAUCGGUGCCCAAACCCCUCAAGCCCCAGAGAUCACUUCCAGAGACGCCUGUUUCUCUCACACACAAUCCAAUCGACCUGCGAACAUCCAUGGAUGAAAAAUACAAAGAGAUUGCCGAGGAGCUGUUCACACGCAGCAUGGCAGAGAGUGAGAUGCGAAGUGCACCGUAUGAGUUUCCAGAGGACAGCCCCAUCGAACAGCUUGAGGAGCGACGGCACCGCCUAGAGAGGCAAAUCAGCCAGGACAUUAAGCUUGAGCCAGAGAUUUUGCUCCGUGCCAAACAGGACUUCAUGAAAAUCGACAGUGACGCAGACCUGGAGUUAUUGCAGGAGAAUAGUUUGGACACUGUUAAUGAUGGCUUCAGGGAAAGGGCUUUGCCAAUGGAGAGAGAAUACCAGCGGGUGUCAAUAUCUGGAGAGGAAAAGUGCGGGGUGCCAUUCAUUGACCUGGUAGAUGCUGCGAAGUGUGUGGUGAAGGCAUUAUUCAUACGGGAGAAGUACAUCAAGCGAUCCAUGCAAUCCUUCUGUAAGACCACAGCUCAAGCCUUGCUGGACCUCGGGAUGAAGCCUCUGGAUCUGACCGACUAUGACGAUAUAGCAGAGACCCCUGUAGAUGCUGAUGCCCCCGUUCACCCACCUGUCUCAAAGACACACCCCUAUGACAACGACCCCAAGAAUAUGCCGGCAGACACAGGAUAUGGUUGCAAGAUGGUGGGUGGAGUUGUCCACGUUUACACGAAAAAAACCAACAUGGACAAAAGCACAGAACUGGACCUGCCCUAUCCUGACCUGACGGAGUAUAUUGAAGACACAAAUGUUAUGAUGGCCCUCAUCAUCAACGGCCCCGUGAAGUCUUUCUGCUACCGCCGCCUGCAGUUCCUGAGCUCUAAAUUCCAGAUGCACAUCCUCCUGAAUGAGAUGAAGGAGCUGGCAGCUCAGAAGAAAGUUCCACAUCGAGACUUCUACAACAUACGGAAGGUGGACACACACAUUCAUGCAUCAUCCUGCAUGAAUCAGAAGCACCUGCUGCGAUUCAUCAAGAGAUCCAUGAAGAAGUACCCGGGGGAUAUUGUUCACAUUGAGCGUGGCCAUGGCCAGACCCUCAAGGAGGUGUUUGAGACCAUGAACUUGACGGCCUUUGAUCUGAGUGUAGACACUCUCGACAUGCAUGCGGACCGUAACACGUUCCAUCGGUUUGACAAGUUCAACGCCAAAUACAACCCCAUCGGAGAAUCCAUCCUGAGAGAGAUCUUCAUUAAGACGGACAACUGCAUUGAAGGGAAAUACUUUGCACACAUCAUCAAGGAGGUGAUGUUUGACCUGGAGGAGAGUAAGUACCAGAACUCUGAGCUCCGCCUGUCCAUCUACGGGCGCUCCAGGGAUGAAUGGGAUAAACUGGCUCAGUGGGCCAUCAAACAUCGCGUGUACUCUGAUAAUGUGCGCUGGCUUAUCCAGGUGCCCCGUCUUUUUGAUGUUUACCGAACAAAGAAGCAGCUGGCUAAUUUCCAGGAGAUGUUGGAGAACAUCUUCAUGCCUCUGUUUGAAGUCACGAUCGACCCGCGCAGUCAUCCUGAGCUGUAUCUCUUCCUGGAGCACGUGGUCGGCUUCGACAGCGUGGACGACGAGUCCAAACCUGAGCAGCUCAUCUUCAAUCUGGACAGCGCGCUGCCAGAAAACUGGACAGAAGAAGACAACCCACCUUACUCGUACUACCUGUACUACACCUAUGCCAACAUGACGGUGCUCAACCACCUGCGCAGGCAGAGUGGCUUUCACAUGUUUGUGCUGCGACCUCACUGUGGGGAGGCGGGGCCGAUCCACCACCUGGUGUCAGGUUUCAUGUUGUCAGAGAACAUCUCCCACGGACUGCUGCUCAGAAAGGCCCCGGUGCUCCAGUAUCUUUUCUACCUGGCUCAAAUUGGCAUCGCCAUGUCACCACUGAGCAACAACAGCCUGUUUCUCAGUUACCAUCGCAACCCGCUGCCAGAGUACCUGUCAAGAGGCCUCGUGAUCUCUCUGUCCACUGAUGAUCCUCUUCAGUUCCACUUCACCAAGGAGCCUCUGAUGGAGGAGUACAGCAUCGCUACUCAGGUGUGGAAACUAAGUUCCUGUGACAUGUGUGAGCUGGCGAGAAACAGUGUCCUCAUGAGUGGGUUUUCACACAAGGCCAAAAGCUACUGGCUGGGCCCCACCUAUUCUCAGGAGGGUCCUGUGAGCAACGACAUCCGUCGUACCAACGUCCCUGAUAUCCGCGUGGUGUACCGCAGCGAGACGCUCUCCGAGGAGCUUCAGCUCAUCACUCAAGCUGUGCACACUGAACAGCUGGACACCAUCGAUGAGGAGGACUCUCUGUCCAUGGGCUCUCUCCCGAGAAAACGCUGACGGCGCAAUAGCCAGGGCUUGUCCGGUGAAUCCUCAACUCCGUGGUCCACCCAGCAUGACGCUGAAGAGACGUGGUGUGAGGGUCAUUCACCACCAACCAUCACUAUAGAAGUAUGCCGCACCCACAGCUACACAGCGACCAAAAAGUCAAGGAUACAGAGCUGCCAGAGCAGCACAGCUUCUACAUUGUUCCAUUUCUUGUGUUUGAAUUGUUUUUAGGUUUCAGGAAAGGACUUUAACCCCAUAUUGUUAAAGUUCCAAUUGCAUAGUCAGUGUUGUCCCCAGAUACUUUUUAUAACCUGUUUCUUAAGGAAGGUUAGCAGAGAUGUCCACCACCGGGGAUUCUUGUGAAUGAAAAGCAGAGAAACACUCGCCAGAGACGCCUUAAGGCAAUAUUGUCUUUAUUUCUUAGUCCAUGACUCCAUCCUGUCCUUCCAAAAGCCAUCAGAUGAUCCCAGUGAGCGCCAUGUUAUAAUUCACCUGCCACAUUAUGUAGCAUGAAGUGUUUCUGUAGUAUCUGUGUACUACAGAAACAUUGACCACCAGCACAUUGAAACUUGCUUCACUGCUCUGAACGUUUCUUAUCUUCCACAAUAAAGGCAUGCUGCUUAACUGAA